AGUCUGUGUCGAUGGCCACGGGAAGCGCAGCUGCAUGAACGAUCUCGCCGAACCUGCAUCCGUGUUUUUCAGCCGCGAUCCCCUCCCCUGCGAGCGCCGCUCACGGAACACCCCCGCGGGGAGGCGAGAGAGAGGACUGCGGGGCCGCGGAGGUGCGGCGAAGAGCCAGGCCAGGAAAGGACGCCCGAGUCCGGUUUGAUGCUGGCGGCCCGUCCGCCCUUUAAACGCGGAUGCUGCUGCUGCAUUCAUAAGGGAUCGCUGUUUACCCGAGAACCCAUCGUCCCCUGUUUUCAUAUCCCAAGCCGAUCGGUAGACGCCAAUCGCACGAACGGACCGUGAGAGGCGAAGCGCGACAGGCGCGGCAGCAUCCCUCCCUACCUGCGGCUCUCCAGCGCCCGACAGGCCCAGAGUCAUGGGCAACACGCCGGCCGCCAGACGGGGCAACGAGAUGGAAAGCGUCAAAGAGUUUCUGGCCUUCGCCAGAGAAGAUUUCCUCAGGAAAUGGGAGAAUCCUGCACAGAACACCUCGUGUCUGGAGGACUUCGACCGGUUGAAGACUCUGGGCACGGGCUCAUUCGGUCGCGUGAUGCUGGUCAGACACCGAGAGACCGGGCAGCACUACGCCAUGAAGAUCCUUAACAAACAGAAGGUUGUGAAGCUGAAGCAGAUUGAACACACUCUCAACGAGAAGCGGAUACUGCAGGCCGUCAGCUUCCCCUUCUUAGUGCGGCUGGAAUACUCCUUCAAGGACAACACUAAUCUCUACAUGGUGAUGCAGUACGUUCAGGGAGGAGAGAUGUUUUCACACCUGCGUAGAAUCGGCAGAUUCAGUGAACCCCAUGCGCGGUUUUAUGCUUCACAAAUAGUUUUGACGUUUGAAUAUCUGCAUGCCCUCGACCUGAUCUACAGAGACCUUAAACCAGAGAACCUCCUCAUCGAUCAGCAGGGCUAUAUACAGGUGACAGACUUUGGUUUCGCGAAGCGGGUCAAGGGUCGCACGUGGACAUUGUGCGGCACCCCGGAGUAUCUGGCCCCAGAGAUCAUCCUCAGCAAGGGUUAUAAUAAGGCUGUGGACUGGUGGGCUCUGGGUGUGCUGAUGUAUGAGAUGGCUGCCGGUUAUCCUCCGUUUUUUGCCGAUCAACCCAUUCAGAUCUAUGAAAAGAUUGUCUCAGGAAAGGUACGAUUCCCGUCGCACUUCAGCUCCGACCUGAAGGACCUGUUGAGAAACCUGCUGCAGGUGGACCUCACCAAACGCUACGGCAACCUUAAAAACGGAGUUAACGACAUCAAAGGUCACAAGUGGUUCUCCACUACUGACUGGAUAGCCAUUUACCAGCGGAGGGUGGAGGCCCCGUUUGUGCCUAAAUGCAGAGGUCCCGGGGACACCAGCAACUUCGACGACUACGAGGAAGAAGAGAUCCGUGUGUCGUUCACCGAGAAGUGUGCGAAAGAAUUUGCCGAGUUCUAGGAGAAUAAGUGAUAGAAAUCA